AUGAAGUGGAUUUUUUGUUCUGCUGUUUUCUUCAUUUUUUCAGCGGAAGGAAAAAUAGCCGAACGAACAAAAAAAUAA